GACAUGUCGGAUAAAAAGCUUAAUAAGGGAUCCAAUAAAAAGUUUAAUAAGGGAACUGAAUAUCUUUUUUAUUCAUCAUCAUGGAAUUGGGACGCAGCUUGGGGAGGAGAAUGGUGUGCGGAUAUAUUUAGAGCAAAUAAUGGAUUUAAUAGUCGCCAUUAUCUUGAAUGGAUCCCUCACGACCAGCUUGAAUUUGAUGACAAUGAACAAUUAGGAGAAGGUGAUGAUGAUGUAGAUAAAAUUAAAAAGCAAUUAUUGGAAGAUGAUGUAGAUAAAAUUAAAAAGCAAUUUUUGGAAGUUGACGAUGUAAAUGAAAUUAAAAAACACUUUUCGGAAGCUGACGAAAUAAUUAAAAAGCAAUCGUCGGAAACCGAUGAAAUAAUUAAAACACAGAAUAUAUAUAGUAGCAAACUUAUAAAGGCAAAAGAAAUAAAAAGCAAGCUUCAAAUCUUAAGUCAAAAGAUAGAGCCCAUUGAAAUUCAAG